UACAGCAAUUGAUAAGGAACCGGAAGCAGCGUGCUGGUGUCCAUCGGCAAGACAGCGGAGCUUUUACCCAAAAUGUUGAGAAUCACAAUCCGGGCGGACAUAAGUACCCUUUGGGUCUUGUUCUGGUUCACGUAUUCUCAGUUUUUGGUGGUGUCAUCUGAUGACAUAGUGGUGGCUUGCGGAGGGUUCGUCAAAUCCGACGUUGAGAUUAAUUACUCGCUGAUUGAGAUCAAACUCUACACCAAGCAAGGCUCUUUAAAAUAUCAGACUGACUGUGCUCCAAUCAAUGGCUACUUUAUGAUCCCUCUUUAUGACAAGGGGGACUUUGUUUUAAAGAUUGAACCUCCCCUCGGCUGGAGCUUUGAGCCUACCAGUGUAGAUCUCCAUGUGGAUGGAGUCACGGACAUAUGUACAAAAGAAGAGGACAUCAACUUUGUUUUCACUGGCUUUUCAGUGUCUGGGACGGUCCUAAGUAAAGGCCAUCUCCUUGGCCCAGCUGGAGUAGAAGUGAAAUUGAGCCGAUCAGAAACAGACGAGAAAAUCCAGAGUGUCAUCACACAGCCCGGAGGAACCUACACCUUUCACAAAGUGCUCCCUGGAACCUAUGACAUCAUUGCGUCCCAUCCUUCCUGGAUUUUGGAACAGAGCGCUACCUCAGUGCACAUUUCCAAUGCCAAUGCGCCGGCCGCUGACCAUCUGGUGGUCGGAGGCUACGACGUCUCAGGGGAGGUCCGCAGUGAUGGAGAGCCCAUGAAAGAGGUCACCUUCCUGCUUUAUUCGGCCGCGGUGAAAAGAGAGGAUGUGAAGGGCUGCAAUUUUUCUCCAGUGGAGGGUGCCGAUUCUGGGGACAGCUCUCUUGUCUACUUGUGCAGUGCUCUCUCCAGGGAGGACGGCACCUUCAACUUUCCCUCACUGGCUAGUGGCGAGUACACUGUGGUGCCCUUCUACAGAGGAGAAAGGAUCACUUUUGAUGUCGCUCCUUCCAGAAUGAAUUUCAAGGUGGAGCACAGCAGUUUGACCCUAGAGCCCAUCUUUCGCGUUAUGGGUUUCUCUGUGACUGGACGAGUUCUGAACAGUGUUGAUGGGGAGGGAGUAGAUGAUGCCACAGUCUCCCUCAAUAAUCUGAUCAAAGUUGUCAGCAAAGAGGAUGGUUCUUACAGGCUUGAGAACAUGACAGCUGGUACUUACACAAUCCGUGUCCACAAGGAGCUCAUGUUCUUCGAGCCGGUAACGGUCAAAAUCGCCCCCAACACGCCACAACUUCCUGACAUCAUUACAGCAGGGUUCAGUGUUUGUGGACAAAUCGCCAUCAGCCGCUUGCCUGAGGGCAUGAAGCAGCAGGGUCGCUACAAGAUCACCUUGACACACCAGGGCCAAGACAAAACUUCAGGACGUGUCAUUGACUCGGACAUCCAGGGAGCUUUCUGUUUUCAGGCUAAACCUGGAGACUACAGUGUCCAUGUGUCUCUCCCUGAGGCAGAUGUAAAAGCAGGCCUGGCUUUGCAGCCUCCUUCUCUGGAGUUUUCAGUUGUGGACAAGCCCAUCACAGACCUACUCUUUAUCCAAUUCAUGGCCUCUGUCUCUGGAAAGGUUUACUGUUUAGCUUCCUGUGAUGACCUGUCAGUAACACUUCAAGCAGUAAGCCGUCAAGGAGAGAGAAGGGUUGUGCCUUUGUCUGGCAGCAGUGACGUCCUGAGCUUCUCUUUUGACAACGUUCUACCUGGGAAAUACAAAGUGAGCAUCUCUCACGAAGAGUGGUGUUGGAAACAUAAAUCCCUGGAAGUUGAGGUCCUGGACUCGGACAUAUUGGGAGUGGAAUUCCGACAGAUCGGCUACAUUCUACGCUGCUCCCUGUCCCACGCCAUUACUCUGGAGUUCUUCCAAGAUGGCAGCAAACCUGAGAAUGUAGGCAUAUACAAUCUCUCUAAGGGAGUCAACCGCUUCUGCCUCUCCAAACCUGGUGUUUACAAAGUCACCCCUCGCUCCUGCCACCAGUUUGAGCAGGAUUUUUACACUUAUGAUACCUCAGCACCGAGUAUCCUGACUCUUACUGCGGUGCGCCAUCACAUGACAGGGCUCAUCACCACUGACAAGAUUCUAGACGUCACAGUUACCAUCAAAUCGUCCAUUGAGAGUGAACCGGCACUGGUUCUUGGCCCUUUGCGGAGUCUGCAGGAGCAAAGGCAGGAGCAGCAGCUGCAGGAGAUUCAGCUGCGCCGCCUGGAACGAGAGCGGCGAGCUGCCGAAGAAGACGGGGCUUCCAAGAAUGAUAGUCCCCCUAUUCAAGAGAAGGCUGACGACCUGACAGGCCCUUUCCACUAUGAGUUCUCUUACUGGGCUAGGGCUGGAGAGAAGAUUACAGUGACUCCUUCCUCUAAGGAGCUGCUCUUCUACCCCCCUGAAGUAGAGGCCACUAUCACAGGAGAGUCAUGUCCGGGUCGCAUGGUGAACAUCAUGGGCCGUGCAGGGCUUUUCCUGGAAGGAAAAGUAUCUCCGGAGCUACAAGGGGUAGAGAUCUCAAUCAGUGAGAAAGGAGCUGCUGCACCACUCAUCACUGUGGCCACUAAUGAGAUGGGAGCAUACAGUGUGGGUCCACUCCACAGCGACAGAAAGUACGACAUAAGUGCCAGCCGAGAAGGAUUUGUCCUUAGUCACGUGGCAGGAAGUCAGGGAGAUUUCAAGGCCUUUGCUCUGGCUGGAAUCACCUUCAAGAUAAAGUCAGAGGACGGUCAUCCGCUGUCAGGCGUCCUACUGUCUCUAAGUGGUGGACAGUUUCGCUCAAACCUGUUGACUCAGGACACUGGCAUCCUCAACUUCAACAACCUGAGUCCAGGUCAAUACUACUUCAAACCUAUGAUGAAAGAGUUUCGCUUUGAGCCAUCAUCCCAGAUGAUUACAGUAGAAGAGGGUCAACUCCUCAGUAUUGAUAUCACUGGCAUUAAGACUGCAUACAGCUGCUAUGGGGCAGUUCAGUCUCUGAGUGGUGAUGCUGAGAGGGAUGUUGCUGUGGAAGCGGUGGGCCAAGGAGACUGUAGCCUCUACAGCGAGGACACUGUCACUGAUGAGGAAGGUCGCUUCAGGCUCAGGGGUCUGCUGCCUGACUGCAAAUACCUGAUUCAACUGCGAGCUGAAGGCAACGACCACAUAGAGAGAGCUCUACCUCAGCAAAGAGCCAUAGAGGUCGGCAGCAGUGACAUUGAAGGAAUCAACAUCAUCGCCUUCAGACAAAUCAAUCAGUUUGACCUGAGCGGGAAUGUCAUCACAUCUCCAGAACAUUUAGCGACUCUGUCGGUGAAGCUGUAUAAGAGUGACAAUUUAGACAACCCCAUCAAUAGUGUUUGUCUGGGCCAGUCCCUCUUCUUCCAUUUCCCUCCACUGGACAGAGAUGGAGAGGGCUACGUGCUGAUGCUGUACUCCACAUUGUCCCGCACGCAAUACGACUUCACGCUGCCUCAGGUCUCCUUCACUUCAACGGGCUACCAUAAGCACGUCACUCUUACCUUCAAUCCUACUCGCAAAGUGCCUGACCAAGAUGUCGCCCAGGGCUCCUACAUUGCUCUCCCCCUUACUUUGCUGCUCCUGUUAGCGGCGUACAACCAUGAAAAGGUCAUCCCCUUCCUGUUGCAAUUGGGGAAUCGUAUCCAGGGUGUGAGGAGCAUUACACAGGCUAGCAGUGAUAGUGCUGCCUUGGACGAGGCCAAACGUCAGGCCAAGAGGCAGAAGGCCCGGCGCACAUGACGUGCCUCACACCACAUGGUCAUGUGUUCAAUAGUCCAGAGGUAAUCAUGGUCACAGCACCUGAAGUCCACCUGGACAUUUGAAGUUUGCAUCAUUUGCCAGUUUUCAACCGUAAUUCUCAUGAGCUAUUUAUUUAGCUUGGUGGGGUUUAUUCAAUGGAAGCGCCCCACCCAAAAAACACUGCCAUGUCCUCUGCUGGAUUUGAACUCAUUGAGUAUAAUAUUGAAUACAUUGUAUAAUUUAAACUAAUUUACGCCUCAACUAAAUUAUCACCCAUUUUAAUAAUCCUACCACAAAUGAUUGCUAAUAAUCACACUUGACUGGCGUAAAAACAGAACAUAUUGAGAUGCACUCCCCUUAGUUGUCAGGUUUCACAGAAAGACUGCUUUUCAUUAACUGCUUUUUUUUUUCUCUUUUUUUGGGGUGAGGGAGGGGUUUCUAGGAAGAAAAUGGGCCUGAUAUAAUUUAUUACAAUGACUGAUUAAAUGUGACUGUGUGUUCUGUUAAUAGCUGUUUUAAUAAUUAUGUUGAGGUUGAGAACCCUGAACAGUAAAUUAUCUCUAGGUUCUGUCACGAUAGAUUAAAAUGAAGUCAUCAUACGUUUGUCUUACUUAUGAAAAUGUUGCUGUUUUUCCAACUGUCCGUUCACUGUUGUGAUGGAAGUUUUGCUGAAAGUUCCAAACCACUUGACUUUUUAAACCAACUUUUUCAAACAUGUUCUAAUGAUGCACAUCUAUUGUGACUUGAUUGGUUUGGUUGGGAUUGGAAAGGGGAAUUUAUCAAAAGGCUUGUAAUUGUCAACUGUUAUUUUCAUAAAGUUGAAGUGGAAGAAAA